UGCUGACGUCAUAUGUGUGAGACCAUAGCCUGCGGGUGAUGUAAUCAGUGUGCGGCCUUCAGUACACGCUGCCACCCGUUACGUUGAAGCGCGGACCGGAAUCAGGAAUUUGGUGGAUUUGUCAGUUGGUUGGUCGGCGGGGAGAUGGCGGACGCCUUCGGGGAUGAGCUGUUUAGUGUGUUCGAGGAGGAGACGCCGGCUGCGGCCAAGAACGCUGCGCCACCCGGGCCUGCGGCCAAAAGCGGGAAGAAAAAUGCAAAGCCAGUCAUAGGAUCUGCUCCCGCAACCAAAAGAGAGGCCAGCACCUUGGAAGCUCCAGAGGAAUGUAUUUUUGGAAAGAAGAUAAAACUGGAACCUUCAUCGUCGGAUGAUGUCAACCUAGCCGACUUGAUGCCAAGGGUGAAAGUGCAAGAACUUGACAGCGUUGAAGGCUGCACCCAUGAGGUCGCUCUACCUGCAGAUGAUGACUAUAUACCACUGAAGCCACGAGUUGGCAAAGCUGCUAAGGAAUACCCCUUCAUAUUGGAUGCCUUUCAGAAAGAAGCCAUUCUUUGCAUAGACAACAAUCAGUCUGUCCUUGUGUCCGCUCAUACAUCGGCUGGAAAAACAGUUUGUGCAGAGUAUGCCAUUGCUCUUGCUCUUCGUGAAAAGCAAAGAGUUAUUUUCACCAGCCCCAUUAAAGCUCUGAGCAAUCAGAAAUACAGAGAGAUGUAUGAAGAAUUCCAAGAUGUUGGUUUAAUGACUGGAGAUGUCACGAUCAAUCCUACAGCGUCCUGCCUAGUUAUGACCACAGAGAUUUUGCGGAGCAUGUUGUACAGAGGCUCUGAAGUCAUGAGGGAAGUGGCCUGGGUGAUUUUUGAUGAGAUUCACUACAUGAGAGACUCUGAGAGAGGGGUCGUCUGGGAAGAGACAAUCAUUCUUCUGCCAGACAACGUUCACUAUGUUUUUCUUUCUGCAACUAUUCCUAAUGCACGUCAGUUUGCUGAAUGGAUCUGCCAUCUGCACAAACAGCCUUGUCACGUCAUCUACACAGACUAUCGUCCUACUCCACUACAACAUUAUAUAUUCCCAGCAGGAGGCGAUGGACUGCAUCUUGUUGUCGAUGAAAAUGGGGAUUUCCGAGAAGACAAUUUUAAUACAGCUAUGCAGGUUCUAAGAGAUUCUGGGGAGCUGGCCAAGGGUGAUCAAAGGGGACGAAAAGGAGGAACUAAAGGUCCAUCUAAUGUGUUCAAGAUUGUGAAGAUGAUCAUGGAACGGAACUUCCAGCCAGUCAUUAUAUUUAGCUUCAGCAAGAAAGAGUGCGAGGCAUAUGCACUACAGAUGUCCAAGCUGGACUUUAACUCUGAUGAGGAGAAGAAGAUGGUGGAAGAAGUUUUCAAUAAUGCCAUAGAUUGUUUGUCUGAUGAGGACAAGAAGCUCCCACAGGUGGAGCAUGUUCUGCCUCUUCUCAAGAGAGGUAUCGGAAUACAUCAUGGAGGCCUGCUACCUAUUCUCAAAGAAACCAUAGAGAUUCUCUUCUCUGAAGGUUUACUUAAGGCUUUAUUUGCCACAGAGACGUUUGCUAUGGGUAUAAACAUGCCAGCCAGGACUGUAUUAUUCACAAGUGCUAGGAAGUUCGAUGGCAAAGAUUUUCGAUGGAUUUCUUCAGGGGAAUAUAUUCAGAUGUCUGGACGUGCCGGGCGACGUGGUAUGGAUGAAAGAGGAAUAGUAAUUCUAAUGGUAGAUGAGAAAAUGAGCCCCACAGUUGGCAAACAACUGCUGAAGGGAUCUGCAGAUCCGCUCAACAGUGCUUUCCACCUCACCUAUAACAUGGUACUGAACCUGCUGCGUGUGGAGGAAAUUAACCCUGAAUACAUGCUGGAGAAAUCCUUCUAUCAGUUCCAGCACUAUAGAGCCAUUCCUGGAGUAGCGGAGAAGGUGAAGAAAUUGGAGGAACAAUAUAACAGUAUUCAGAUUACGAAUGAGGAAAGUGUCGUAACCUAUUACAAAAUUCGCCAGCAGCUUGCUAAACUCUCUAAAGAGAUAGAAGAUUACAUCCACAAGCCCAAGUAUUGCCUCCCAUUUCUGCAGCCUGGGCGUCUGGUUAAGGUUAAGAAUGAAGAGGAUGAUUUUGGAUGGGGUGUAGUGGUCAACUUUUCCAAGAAGUCAAAUGUAAAGCCAAAUACUGGAGAUCUGGAUCCUAUUUAUGUGGUAGAAGUGUUGCUUAACUGCUGUAAAGAGAGCCUGAAAAAUGCUGCAACGGAAGCUGCAAAGCCAGUGAAACCAGACGAAAAAGGAGAGAUGCAGGUUGUUCCAGUCUUACUGCACUUGAUCUGCGCCAUCAGCAGCGUCCGACUAUAUAUCCCUAAGGAUCUCAGGCCUCUUGACAACAGGCAGAGUGUAUUGAAGUCUAUACAGGAGGUUCAGAAGCGCUUCCCUGAUGGCGUGCCCUUGCUGGAUCCCAUUGAUGAUAUGGGGGUAAAAGAUCCUGGCCUCAAAAAAGUCAUUCAGAAAACGGAGGCCUUUGAGCACAGGAUGUACUCUCACCCUCUCAACAAUGACCCUAAUCUGGACUCCGCAUACAAGCUGUGUGAGAAGAAAGCCCAGAUCACAGUGGAUAUACGAGCCGCGAGGCGUGAACUGAAGAAGGCUCGCACCGUGCUACAGAUGGACGAGCUGAAGUGCAGGAAGCGCGUGCUGAGACGCAUGGGCUUUGCCUCCUCUUCUGAUGUCAUAGAGAUGAAGGGACGAGUGGCCUGUGAAAUUAGCAGUGCAGAUGAGCUGCUCCUCACAGAGAUGAUGUUUAAUGGACUCUUCAACGAUCUGUCGUCAGAACAAGCGACCGCCCUGCUCAGCUGCUUCGUGUUUCAGGAGAACUCUAGUGAAAUGCCCAAACUAACAGAGCAGCUAGCAGGACCUCUCCGACAAAUGCAGGAAACGGCGCGGAGGAUUGCAAAAGUCUCGGCAGAAGCCAAGUUAGAAGUUGACGAAGAGACGUAUUUAAGUACUUUCCGUCCUAACCUCAUGGAUGUCGUCCACACGUGGGCCAACGGGGCGACGUUUGCUCAGAUUUGUAAAAUGACAGAUGUUUUUGAAGGUAGUAUUAUUCGUUGUAUGAGGCGCUUGGAAGAAUUACUGCGACAGAUGUGUCAAGCAGCCAAAGCUAUUGGAAAUACAGAGUUGGAGAAUAAGUUUGCAGAAGGCAUUACAAAGAUCAAGAGAGACAUUGUGUUCGCUGCCAGUCUGUACCUAUAGUAGAAUGGAUAAGAAGCUGUUUAUAUAUUAAAGCUGUCAAACCUUUGGGAAUGUAAGCUCCUCCGAAAAGAGAAUCAACGGAGAUCAGAUGUUUGCUAUAAACCUUUUUAAUGUUUUGGUGUUAUAAGUUUGCAGAACAAGCAACGUUCGAGCAAAGCAAUAUAAUACAAGUGUUUGUACAUAAUGUUUCCUCCUGUUUUAAUUAAAAAAAAAGUACAAUUUUAA